AUACAUGUAUUUUUCGCAAACUACAUCUCUAUAUGAUUUUUCGAGAACUUUUCAAGAAAAGGGCGCGGCGUGCCCAUUUGGACGCUUGAGGGCGGGCUAUACAUAUACGUAAUUUAUUUUACUGCAAUUGAUCCACAAGUACAACAAACCCUAGAAAAAAUAAGUUCAAACUCUACCCUACCACUAGUAGAGAAUUGCUGACGAGAAUUCUCUGUCAAGAAAGCGAAGCUUUUGAACCAUCUCUCACCCUCUAACUGAUCAACAAUGGAUUUUCUCAGUGGAAAUCGUAAAAUUGAAUGGAAUGCUCUGUUCCAGUUUUCACAGCUGACAAAAGAUUGUCAGUCUCACUUGAAGAGAGUCUACUCCUGUUUGGCAAUGUGCAUGAUGGCUGCAGCUGUAGGAAGCUAUGUCAACGCUGUGCUUCAUAUUCUUCAGGGUCAGUUCCUGACAACUAUCGCAACUUUGGGCCUCUUCUUCUGGCUUCGUAGCAUUCCACAGACAGUAGAGAACCAGGGCAAGAGACUCUCCAUUCUCCUGGGAUUUGCCUUCUGUGUUGGUGUCAGCACUGGACCCCUGCUCACAGUUGUUGCAGAAAUUGAUCCAUCGAUCAUCACAACAGCAUUCAUGGCUACCACUGUAGUCUUUGUGUGCUUCAGUCUGGCUGCCUUGAUGUCACAGCAGAGAACUAUGCUCUUCUUGGCAGGACCUUUGAUGUCAGGUCUGUCUAUGAUGAUGAUCAUGUCUCUUGUCAACAUCUUCUUCAGGUCUGCCAUGGUGUUUCAGUUUGGCCUGUAUAUUGGAGUGGUAAUCUUCAGUGGAUUCAUCCUCUUUGACACCCAACUCAUUGUUGAGAAACACCUCCGAGGUGAUAGAGACUUCAUCAUGCACUCUGUGGAUCUGUUCCUUGACUUUGUCAACCUGUUCCGUCACAUCCUGAUCCUUUUGGCUCAGAACAAUGAGAACAAGAACCGUCGCAACAGAAAGAAGUAGAUUCACCCUUCUCUCCGCUUCAAGCAUUAUGGAAACAUCUGAAAUUUUCAUUUCAAUUUCAUGAAUUUCAAAAGAUAAUUAACACAUCUAAUUUUCAUAUUUUAUAAUUUUCAUAGAUUCUAUUAUUAAAAUUUUGAUAAGCAUUUGUGCAUAAUGGUCAAUGUUGCUGCUGUGACAGACAAAGCAGAUGUGGAUUAUAUAGUUAACAAUCGGGGAGAGUCACAAGCAUUUAGAUUUAUGAGUCAAAUAUAAAUAUCAAGAAUGAACAUUAGUAUAGCUCAGUUCUCUUAUUUAAUUACCAUUCAUUUAAUCCAAGGACAAUUCAACACUUGUACCUGUUAAUAUUUGUGUAAUGUGGCUACUGUGUUUCUGUGUAUGCUAUGGUGAAGUUUAAAAAAAAAAUCCAUCGACUUUUGGGUUAAUACUGAUCUUUGGUAGAGAAAGUCAUAAGAAUUUAAAAAUAUGGUUACUUUAAACCUCAGAUGAUGAUAGUAAUAUGUAGCAUACAGCACCAUAUACAUGUAUCUCAUUGACCGUUUGCCUAUUGAAGGGCCCUGUAUAUAACCCUGACUUCAGAUAAUACAAUGAUACAAAAAUAUUUAGAUAUAUCCCAGAAACAUUAUCAUUAUCAUUAAACCUUUUUUUUUCUUUCCACAAUGUCUUUAUAACACUUGUUAAUUUUUCAGAUAGGGUUCCUGGUUCUUUUGAUAGAAAAGGAUAAGGCAUAAUAUUUCUUGAGAAAUCAAAGACGUAUGAAGCUUCUGAAUUCUUGAAGGAAAAGGAAUAAAGUGUCAUUGUGUAGGUGGAUAUUGUAAUUGCAUAAAGUAUAACCAUCUCAGCAUUGUUUAAAUUAUAGUUCUUUAGCAUGAGGUUAUGUCGGGCUCAAAUUUAUAAGUAAACCUGCACAACAUGAUUCUCACAUGUACAAGUUUCUUUUAUGUGAAUAUGAAUAUUUUUCACCUCACUAUUUGAAUGUGAUUAUUUCUUCAUAGGUCAAAUGUAUACAAAACGCAAAUUGGAUAUCAUUUGUUUGUAAAUCAUCAUGAUUAAAUAUUUCAUCUCGUAAAUAUAGUAUAUAUAUUGUAGCUUUAUCAGUUCAAAGGAAUGUAAAGGAAAACAUCUUAUUGAAUCACCUAGAUAUAAGGUAAUCUUUAUUGACAUUUUUUAUGUUCAACUUUUAAGUUGUACACAAUUUGAUUUACAACUAAAGAAAUCUUGUAUCACUUGCAUUUAA